CUCUUACUCUCAAGCAGCUUAUCUCCUCGCCGUAAUUCAAUUAGCAUCGUAUUUGUUUUCGUGGGUAUCUAUAUAUUUGUGUUACAAAAAUAAAUAAAAUGAAAUAUAAUUAAAAUAAUUAUUCAAAGAGGAGAUGUUUGUUUUAUGUUACAAAUUCCCCCGAGGCGUUGGUCCAAUGGAAGUCAAAUCUCGUAUUCAAUUUUCGUAUCCAAUAAUCAAUAUGGAUAGAUUUAUCCCAAAAUUUGUUCUUCCUUUUUUUUUGUUGCUAUAUUAGUUAAUUAAUUAAUUAAAAAUAUAUUUCAAAAUGUCUUCCUAAUUUGUCCGCUUCUCCGCUGCGGCUCGUUGAUCUCACCUUCUUCUUCUUCUUCUUCUUCCUCCUCGAGCUCUCAUGCCGCGUCGUUGACGCAACAAUCAACAUCUUAACCUGCGCUUGUAUGUGCGCACGAUAAUGGAGGCGGUGGCUCCGUCUUCUUUCGUCUCCAAGGCUCGGACCGCCUUCCACUCCGCCGCCGCAAAGGCGGAGCGCGUCUUCACUGAUCUCAAAUCUGAUCUAGACGCGGAGACGCAAUCGGCGAGGAACGACGAUCUCUCAAAGGAUAACGAUGAAGUGAAGCGUCGAGGUUGGAGAGGGGCACAUAUCAGAACAAAGCAAGACUGGCAAGAUAGAUUGAAAAACUUUAGGCUAGGGAGGAAAGGAGUUGAAGAUAAAGAAAAGGUUGAAAAUUCAACAAUGGCAUUCCCUUUUUACGACGAAAAUAUGUAUAUCCACAGAGUGAGACAAGAACAGGAAACCAAGGCAUCAGAUGUUGCCAUAUUGGUAGAAUCUCUUAAUGCUACUGAUGUGAACAAUAUUCCUCCAUCAUCUACUGUGAAGCAGCUGGCUGUGGCUCUCGAAGCGGGAAAGAGAGCAAAGACUGUCAAAGAUUUUGUUGCAUCUUCUGGAAGUUCAUCACCAGUGAAGGAGAGAGGUGCCUUGAGCCUCUCUGCAGUGAAGUCACUGGUCCUCGGUGACAAAGAAGAUAAGCAUGGAUUUGAUCCCGGAGAUGAGGAUAGACUUGUUUCUCUAACUCAAGCCUUGUGUGAUGCAGAGAGUAGUUUCCUCAGCAGAAAGAUAGGCGCUGAUUUUGGGUCUCCUGCCAACACAUCGUCUUUGCCUAAAGAUAUUCAUGCUGCUCCCCCAGACGGCUUUGUUGUUAAGCUAGCAGAAGUAAUAGGAAGUUUUACAACGCUAAGGAGAAUGGCUUUGUUCUGGUGCAGGAUUGUUGAUGAAUUGAGAAGAUUUUGGGUUGAAGGAAAGCACAUACCAGGGAUCCCUCUGGAUGAGAUUCCAGAUUUAAAGUUUUGCCUGAUGCAUCAAUGGCUCCAGGUCAUAAAUUGCUGCCUUGCUAGGAAAGGACAUUGGAGAAUCGCGUCUGAAGCACUAGAAGCUGUAAUGAGGCAAGCCAGUUCGACCGAUGAAGACUCGGAUGUUUCGGAAGGAAUGCCUUCCUCUGUUCGUCUUUUGUACACCAAAAGCAAUACCGGGGAAUUCAUACUCCGGCUAGGUGUUAGCCAUCAAGUUGAGAACUUAACAUUGUUGGAAACCGGUGAACCUGUGUAUGCCCCAAUAACUCAGGAAGGGCCGCUGUUGACUGAAGAUCUUAUUCGAGAAACAGAGGAACUGGUGCUGCGGACAGGGAGCAUGGGCGCCGGUUGUUCUCAACUCCUGUCUGACAUGCAGGCUUACAAGGCAGCAAACCCUGGCUGUAUCUUGGAAGAUUUUGUGAGAUGGCACUCCCCUCCAGAUUGGACCGAAAACGAUUCAUCUCCCGGAGAGGGUCGUCUAAGCACGCGGAUGCAAAAAGAAGGUAAUUUGUGGAGAGAGCUCUGGGAAACCGCCAGGCCCGUGCCCGCUGUUAAACAAUCACCUCUCUUUGAUGAGGAUUUGGCAGUGGAAGGAAUCUUGAAUUGUCUGGAAGACAUACCAGCUUCUGAGCUUUUCGAGCAACUGUUUCUAUCUCUACUCGCCUUGGGAUUUGUGAUGUCAGAGCCGAGACUAGCGAAGAACGACGAUUUAUCAAAGCUGUUCUACGAGUGCAAGGACUACGUAGUCACCACUUGUCAGGGACGUGCCUGGACCGAUAAACUCGACGAUCUCGUCCAGGUCUAUGAAACCGUGGAAACGAUGUUAUCGCGUCCCGACGAGGUCAUGAGAUCGAUGAAGCAGACAGAGGAAUCUCCGGUGAGCGGCAAUGGCAAAGGCAAGAACAGGUUCAAGCGGCUCGGCUUCAUCUUCCGUGGUAAAGAGAGAGGCCAAAAGAAGCAGUCGGAAGAAGAGGAAGAAGAAGGAGGGAAAGGUUAUGAACCGAGCCCUAAUCGUCAGUCUUUCUCUAGUUUCUUGGACGCCAAGUCAUCUUUGUUUUCAAAGAGACCUCCUCGACCAGAAACUCAGACGCCAAUUUUAUCCGAUUGAUCCCUAAACUAAACUGUAAAUUAUCACUGAAAAAAAAACAAUUCCCAUUGAUUUUUCUUUUUUCAGAUGAAAAUGAAUAAAUAUGUGACUGUAAAUGUAUUGGAUUGAUUGGUAAACUGUAAAUUAUUGUUGAAAAAGCGGCCCUCA